GUAGAUAAUCCAGACUUGGUCUUACCAGAACCUAAUCUUGUUGGCAAAUUUAGUAUACAAUUAAAUAUUUUAAAAGCUUUUCUUAAAGGAAUUACUCAAUUAGCUCCUCACCAAAGUUUAAUCACAAAAAUGCAUACUAGUCAAAAUGAAUCUGUAAAUAGAAUAAAGUUAAAUUAUACAGACAAAAAACAGGAUUAUCCAAAAUCUUAUAGAACUCGCUAUGCAUUAGCAGUAAUUCAUACCAAUAAUGGUUUUCUGAAAAUAUUGCAAAUUUUUUUUUCAGACCAAGAUUUACUAAAUAUUGGCAAAAUUUGGAAACAAAGAGAAGAUAAACGGAAUCGUAAUGUUGCUGAAAUUCAUAAAAGAAACGAUAUGCGA